AUGGAGUCCAGCAAGAAGAGCAUCGAAUUGGUUGAGAAGUCUAUCGAGAAGUUGGAUAAGAAAGACAGAUCAACCAGAUUCAAUCACGAAAUGAAGCACAUUUUUGAUAGCAUCAUCAUCGAGAAUGUGGUCAAUCAGAUAGAGAUGUCUGUGUUAUAUGAGAUUGACACAUACAUCAAGGAACUAUUGAGCUCGAGUGACAAAAAAUCAUUAUCUAUGAUGCUAAUUAAUGGCUCGUUGGAUGACUUCAAGUCCACCCACUCCAUAUCAUAUUGCGACGUCCUUUCCAAAUCAAUAAUGGACACGAUCAAAUACACACUGUAUCAAUCAUUCAUUAAUCACUUCAAACCUCCCACAUUCCUGAGAAGUCUCAAGUCACAAGUCGAGAGGUACCCGGACACGAUCAAACCACACAAGAUCAUUAGCUUUAGCUUAAACUUGGUUAAUAAUCGAAAAAAGGAAUUAAAGAAUUUCCUUACCAGCCGAUUUGAUGUUGUGGAAAGGAGUAUCAAAUCAUCCAGCAUGACGAUGGAGAGUAUCGAACACUCAACUAAACAAUACCGAUCACUUCAUUGUGAUGUACUGGCACUUGACACCAAGUUGCACUUCCCAUUCGACCACCUCCAAGUCGACCGUAGUGCAGUGCUUCCAUAUUACAGCUUUGGACGAAUUUACAAUGGAACGUUUGGGAACCAAACAUACUUGAUCAAGUCAAUCAUUGGUGAUUACAUUCAUUUAAAUAUUUCUCGAAUGGACAUUAUUGGCGUAGUAUCGAAAGACCUACCAAUGUUACCGCUUCUUGGCAUCUUCCAAACAUCCCAUCAACAUGGUCAGGAAGGUAAAGAGUGGUUGUUGAUGUUCAAGAAAUGUGAUACAUUGUUGGAAUACCUAAAUGAACACAUCUCAUCAUUGACAUUCAAACAAUCAUUGAUCAUCAUCAAAAGUAUCGUAAAAGCUUUUGGGCGUUCCAUUGGGUCAUUGGCCAAUGCCAGACUGGAGUCCAUGUUUAUAGAUAUCGCCACCAAUGAGAUAUUCUUCCCACCAUGCAGUGAUUAUUAUAAUGAUUGGCGCAACCCACCAAAUGUAACAGCGAGUUCCAUGGCCUCACUUGGCACUAUCGUCUUGGAGCUGCUGCCAAAACCUAUACUUCAGAGAUAUAAGUUCGAGGAUGAAUUAGUAUAUAGCAUCUUCAGUAUCAUCAACUCCAAUGACAAGAUACCAAUAUGGUAUCGAGGUCCACUUCAAGAGUUUGUUCGGUGGCUCUUCGACUGUAAAAAACAGGAUUGUAAAUAUGCUGCCCACGAUAGUAUCUUACAAAGGUUGGAGGUCCUCAUUGAGGACUCCUCAACACGUCAAAGUGUCAAAGUGAACACC